CAUCGCUGGCUCCCAGCAACCAGUGCAAGCUGCAGAGCCUGCUUGUUUUCCCCAGGGCAAGAGGGAAUCACUCCCCCCCUCCAUCCCUCUCCUCCUGCAGGCAUCCCCUCCCCCUCUGCCCUCACAUAGGAAUUAGAGAAGCAUGUGCCUGCUGAUCCCCUCUAUUUCCCACCUUUCUCCAAGGAUCCUGGUCAGAAGUUGGGACUGCUUGGACCACAAGAGGGAAAAAGGACACAACAGUCCAUUGGAGUGAAGCCACUAUCAGACACAGAAGAUGGCUGCAAAGUCUGGAGAAUUCCUGGUUCCCUGGGACAAGGAGAGAAUUUCCCAGGUUCCAGGCACCAUCCAAAGACAACAAGCACUUUUAGAGAAGAAUGUACCCUUGGGAGCAGCACAAGAGUUGUCAGGCUUCAAGUCAGAGUCAAGAGAAUGCCAGUCUGAGGUGGUAUGCCAGGAGGAAGGGGUGCAAAGCCUAUUACUGAGACAAGAGACGCUGAAUUGCUGCCUUAAGGAGCAACCCCAAUCCAAGCCAGACAGAGCUCUACCCAUUCCACAGAUUCCUAUUUUUCCCCAAGAGGGGAGCACCAGAGAUGAGGAAAUGGCAGCUACACUUCUUACUGCUUGGUCCCAGAUGCCAGUGACUUUUGAGGAUGUGGCUGUAUACUUUUCAAAGGAGGAGUGGAAGCAGCUGGACCCUGCUCAGAGGGGCCUUUAUGGAGAUGUCAUGCAGGAGAAAAAUGGCCUGGCCUUAGAAGCUGUAAAGUUUGGAAAAGUAAGGUUUAUACCUCCAUUGGAAGCUGCUAGUGAUGCAAAGAUGCUUGGAAUUGGAUUGGGAAGAGCCCAUGGGGAUGUCCCAAAAGGCAUGAAGCAAGAAGACACCAGGGAAAGCUCAAGUGAAAGUCAGCAGCUCAGUCUCUUGGAGAAGAGCCAGAAGAAACUGGUCCUACCUGAUAAAGACCUCAAAAACCCCCUUGACAUUCAUGUUUUGGAGAAAUCCUGCAUCACUGAGAAACACUAUCAAGAAAGCAUUGGGGAAGGCCCAGCUGCCACCCCAGGAGGAGAAAAACUUGGACCAGAACUAGAACUCAUGGCCCCCCAGCUCAUGCUUCCCACCAAAAAAACUUACACAUGUGAAGAGUGUGGCAAGGGUUUCAGUUGGCAUUCUCACCUUGUGACCCACCAGCGUAUACACACAGGGGAGAAGCCCUAUACAUGUACAGACUGUGGCAAGUGCUUCAGUAGAAGCUCCCACCUCAUCCAGCAUCAAAUCAUCCACACUGGUGAGAAGCCCUACACCUGCCCUGUCUGCUGGAAAAGCUUUAGCCACCACUCAACACUGAUACAACACCAGCGUAUCCACACAGGGGAGAAGCCUUAUGUAUGUGACCACUGUGCCAAGCGCUUCACCCGUCGCUCAGACUUGGUGACCCACCAGGGGACCCACACAGGGGCCAAGCCCUAUAGAUGCCCAGAAUGUGACAAGUGUUUCACCCAGAGCUCAGCCCUGGUCACUCACCAGCGUACCCACACAGGCGUCAAGCCCUACCCCUGUCCUGAGUGUGGCAAACACUUCAGCCAACGCUCUAACCUCAUUUCUCAUCAGCGUACCCACACGGGGGAGAAGCCAUACUCUUGUAGUGACUGUGGCAAGAGCUUCAGUCAUAGCUCCCACCUCACUGCUCACCAAAGAACUCAUCGUGGGGUCCGGCCCUACCCUUGUCCCCUGUGUGGCAAGAGCUUCAGCCGCCGUUCUAACCUUCUUAGGCAUCAGAAGAUUCACACUGGCCCCAAGGCCCUGGCUAUGCUGAUGCUGGGGGCAGCAGGGACUCUCACCAGCUCCCACCCUGCUCCCACCUAAAAGGCCCUGGCCUUUUAUGAUGAAUGGUAUGAUGAAUUGUGUGAGGAUAUGGAAUCCAGGGCAAGUGCUGAUGAGCCUAUCCUCAGGAUAGGCCUAAUCCAAGGACCAGAGGCAGUGAGAGAUGGAAGACAGAUAAAAAAGACAGGGAUAAGAUGUCUAAAAGGGAGAGGGGUAGGCUAUUAUGGGGAUAAGGGGUGGAGUUGGGAGUAGGAAUGUGAUAGGAGCUAGGGGCUACAAAGAACAGCACUUCUAAUUAAAGGCCUUUGAAACCAGGUAAUAGUCUAUGACUCCAACCAAUGUGACCCCAACCAACUGUUAAGCCUGCAAGAUAAAAGGAUGAGCUUUUGGACUGACAUUGCACUGGGCUGACCUGAAAUCAUGCCCUCUGCAACCAUCCUCUCUUAAAGCAUAGGCACUUUCUUCUCCUCUGUUUGGACUUGGAAUCUUUCCUCUUUAGCCAAAGGCAUAUCUUAGUAGGACCUAAUAAUGUCAUCAUGUAUCUGUCAUUAGGGAAGAUAAGACAGUGCUGCAAAAGUAGAGAAACAUAGAUAGUCUCUGGAAAGAGAGAUACCAAAUAUCCUAGCUAUUCCCCUAUAAUACAUUCAUCAGUUGGGAAGAAAUCCGCUCCCCACAAUUUAAUGCUAUGCCAUCACCUACCUGCGUGUCUCCUGCCUGCCCUAAACACCAUGGGCAUCAGUAUUUUUGGCUGGAAGCACUAUUCUCUGUGCCUCAGUGGUCAUUUACUCCAUUUCCCCUAUU